AUGGAGAUGUUCAAGGAUCCGAAAGGAGAGAAACUGCGGGACUUGCUUGCCAAGCACGGCGACUUCAAGAGUGUAGAAGUGGAGCUGGAGAAGAUCUCGACACAGACUGCACUCAACGAGGUCGCGGGUUCAUGGGAGAACGAUAUCUCCUUGGCCGCCCAAGGCUGGACGGAGGUGAUGAUUGCAAAUGCCCACCGCUGGGCAGCUUCUAAAGGACUUGUGCGAACGAACCCGGUCCAUGGCCUGGAAGAGAUCAAGAUUCCGACGAAAGAAUCCUUCAAGUUCACCAACGAACAGCUUCAGCGUUCCAAGCUCUCGGGAAGCUUCGAGGCUGAGGACUCCUCCGGUUUCCUCUUCGCGAACUCGGUCGGUGUAAACGACACCUUGGUGACCAACGCGAGUGGCGAAGCCGAUGUGAAUCAUGCUCGUGUCGCACUUUCUGCGGUGGCUAGUGGUGCAAAGGAGAAAUGCUUGCCUGUGCUGCAAGCAAACCAGGAUGUUUUCAGUGUCCUGGCUGUCUACAUUGACAUGUGUGGCAAGAAAGUUGACAAGGACAAGCUCUCCUCCAGUGGUUUGAAACGUGGGCUGUCGAGUGAGUUGAAGCCGAAGAUUUCUGAGAUGGAACAGGAGUACAAGGGCCUCCUGAAGUUCCAGACGGAUGCUGUUCUUGAUGCCGGUGUUGGCCUGCGGGAGAACAAUGAUCUGCUGUCUCGUUUGGCCCGCGCUCUCGGCGACAGCAAGAAGAUCAUGACCUGGAUCAGAAACUGCCAAAGGGACAACGGAAACGGCAAGGCUGAUGUGCAAAAUUGGAAGUGGUUCGCGACACCCGGAGAGCUGGACCUACUUUACAAGCUUUCAGCUGCUGGACGUAGUUGUUCGAACACGUGUCGAAACCUCCAUCGGCUCAUACAUCGUGAGAAUGUGACGGUUCCUGUAAACAUCGACUUCGUCAACACUCCAGUUCGAAAAAGACGGCCUGUCCUCAAGAAGGUUGAGGUUGCCUACCCGGUGAUCUACCCAAGCUCUUGGAUGAAGUACCUACUGCAGGAGCACAGCUACCUAGUGUUAGGUGGAUUUGACAUCCAGGAUGCUACAGGGUGGCAGGCACUGCUUGCGGAUUUUUGGCAGCUGCACAAAGCAUAUGAUCCUGGACAUAUCAUGAGCGGGCACAGCUACUGCACACGAUUCCUCUACACCAUUGUUCCCGCUGAGCUUUACUGGAAAGAUGCCACCCUGGAUAAGCUGAACAAGGUCGACACUCCUCUGGGGCCCACCACGUUCCACUUUGCCUUGGUGGGUGUGAAAGGCGACUGGGUCUACUUGCGAAAGGAAUGGUUCAACUUUGAAAUGGACGCGCCGUGGCGCACUCCGGGUAGGCGUAGGCCCCCGACUCCAUUCAAGCAGGUGGGGUCGCCGUUGUUCGCAGUGCCUGGGCUGAGAGAUCCAACACGUGCUUUGGUGGAUCCAGCCCACACAUGGCACAUCGGGUCACUAGGUUGCACCAAUUAA